GGCAGGGCUGGGUUGGUGCUUGCAGUGAAGAGUCCCCCUGAGCACGUGCAGAGUGCAUUGAACGGGGCAGUCCCCCCGUUUAGGGAUUAGAGGAAAGGCAUCCGAUUGUUGCCUAGGGGGCAGCAAGGUUGGCUGGAGAAGCAGAGAGCGGUCCCGGUCCUUGGAACAAAUCUUAGCUCCACCUGUGAAAUGGGGACUUUCUUCUGCUCUGUGCUCUCUAGACAGAAGAAGAAGGAAACCUCCUCCCCGAAAAUGUUGGAUAAGGAACGUACGACGCUGCCUUACACAUACUGCAUCGGAGCAAUGGUCCAUCCAGCUCCCCGUUCUCCACACACUUUCUGGCAGCCGCGGCUUUCGGGCAGGGCAUCUCCCACGCGGAGAUGGUGCCAGGGGGGACCUGGGCUCUGCAUGCCAAGCAGCUGCUCUGCCCCUGAGCUUCCGCCCUUCCUCCCCGAACAGGAGGCGCUCCUGCCAGUUAGUGCAGCUGAUCUUCUGCCCCCCCCCAGUUUCCUGCCCUGAUUCCCCCUCUGUUCCUCUUUCAUUGGCGCCCCUUUUGAGCCCCGCUCUUCUCGCCUCUGCACCCCGUUCCUGCCCUGAGGUGCUUUCCCUGCCCCCCACCCCUCCUGAUUGCCCCCCACUUUCUCUCCCUCCAGCGGCUGCUCCUCACUCCUUUCCUUAUUUCCCAAACAAGAAAGGGAAGCCAGUUCCUCCGUCCAACCUCAUCUUGCUCCAGUUAUCAGGCUAAAUAUUUUGAAGUAACAACCGAAAACAAACUGCUGGAACUGGCCCAGUUCUGGCUCUCCAGCCCUCGAGCAAGAGGCGGGCUGCUUCUCCCCCCCCCCCCCGCCACACACAACCACAACGGGCAAGCCGUGCUUGUGUGCCAAAGGUCCUGUGUUGCCUGUGCAAGAAAGACAGACGGGCUCCGCCCCUGAGCUGCCCUGGCGGGGGGGGAUGUGCCCGCUCUCCCUCCUUUCUCGGUGCCCCGGUGCCGGACUCCCAGGGGGGCCAGAGGCUUCUGGGCAGUAGGAUGGAGAGCAGCCGCCGCCGCCGCCGCCCCCGGGAGGGACCAGCCAGAGCCCAGGGGCUGCUGCUCACCCCUUUGCUGUGGACCUGACCCUCUGUGGUGGGAGGGGGGCCCCCCCAUGAAAGAGAAACCCCGGCCUCUUGUGAUUGAGAGUGGAGCCCAGCCAACGUUUCCACCCCCCCCCAUGUUGCCCCCUCCCCUCCUCCUUUGCCCUCCAGAACUGGGGUGUUCAUGGACCAUGGAGCGGAGGGUGAAAGGAGGGAGCCCCGCUCUCGCCUUCUGGCCGGCCAAGGAAGCCCUGCUGAUCCUUUGCCUCUUCUGGCUGGCUCCGCCUGAGCCCGUUGCGGCAGAAAUCUGCGAGAGCAUGGAUAUCCGUGUCGAUGUCUCCCAGCUGCGGAAUCUGGAGAACUGCACCAUCAUCGAGGGCAACCUGCAGAUCCUCCUCUUGUUCACCACCAGCAGCGAGGAUUUCCACCCCUUCAGCUUCCCCCGCCUGGUCAUGAUCACGGAGUACCUCCUGCUCUUCCGCGUCUACGGGCUGGAGAGCUUGCGCGACCUCUUCCCCAACCUGUCAGUCAUCCGGGGGACCAGCCUCUUCUUCAACUACGCCCUGGUCAUCUUUGAAAUGCCGCACCUGCGUGACAUCGGCCUGCACAGCCUGACCAACAUCCUGAAUGGCUCCGUGCGCAUCGAGCGCAACCAGGAGCUCUGCCACAUCUCCACCAUCGACUGGGGACUGAUGCAGACCCCCCACGCCCUGGAGCAAAACAUCAUCUUGCACAACAAGCCCGCGGAGGAGUGUGCCGACGUGUGCCCGGGCAUCCUGGACGUGGAGAAGCCCUGCGUCCAGACCCAGACCAGCCUCAAGGGGCAGCUGGAGUAUCGCUGCUGGACCUCCAGCAACUGCCAGAAAGUGUGUCCCUGCAAAGCGGGGGGUGCUGCCUGCACCAGCUCCUCCGAGUGCUGCCACCGGGAGUGCCUGGGGAGCUGCCGCCGCCCGGGAGACAGCCACGCCUGCACCGCCUGCCGCCACUUCUACUUCAACGGGCACUGCCUGAGCUCCUGCCCGGAGCUGACCUACGAGUACGAGGGGUGGCGCUGCGUGACCGCGGAGCACUGCGCCAGCCUGCGCAAGGUGUCGGAGAACCCCCGCGACUCCUCCAAGUUUGUCAUCCACCAGAGGCAGUGCCUCUCCGAGUGCCCCUCGGGGUACAAGAGGAACGAGAGCAGCAUCUUCUGCCACAAGUGUGAGGGGCUUUGCCCAAAGGAAUGCAAAGUGGGCACCAAGACCAUUGACUCCACAAGGGCAGCCAGGGACCUGGCUGGCUGCACCCUCAUCGAGGGCAACCUCAUCCUGAACAUCCGCCGGGGAGAUAACCUGGCCUCCGCCCUGCAGGGCAGCCUGGGCCUGAUUGAGACCAUCACAGGCUUCCUGAAGAUCAAGCACUCCUUUGCCCUCAUCUCUUUGUCCUUCUUCAAGAACCUCAAGCUCAUCCGAGGGGACUCCAUGGUGGACGGGAACUACACGCUCUACGUGCUGGACAACCAGAACCUCCAGCAGCUCUGGGACUGGAGCCACCACAGCCUCUCCAUCCCCGUCGGCAAGAUGUACUUUGCCUUCAACCCCAGACUCUGCCUGUCAGAGAUUUACCGCAUGGAGGAGAUCACAGGGACAAAGGGCAGACAAAACAAAGCAGAGAUCAAUCCCCGGACCAAUGGCGACCGAGCCUCCUGCAAGACCCAAAUCCUGCGCUUUGUGUCCAACACCACUGAGUCAGAUCGCAUCUUCCUCAAGUGGGAGCGCUACCGGCCCCCAGAGUACCACGACCGCCUGAGCUUCAUCAUCUACUACAAGGAAUCGCCCUUCCAGAACGUGACGGAAUACAUUGGGCAGGAUGCCUGCGGUGCCAACAGCUGGAACGUGGUGGACGUGGAGCCGCCCCUGAACAACGAGCAGGAGCCGGGGGUGGUGCUUCAGAGCCUCAAGCCCUGGACCCAGUAUGCCAUCUUUGUGCGCGCCAUCACCCUCACCACCGCUGAGGAGAGGCGCAACUACGGGGCUCAGAGCGAGGUGGUUUACAUCCGUACCAUGCCUGCAGCUCCAACAGUUCCCCGGGAUGUCAUCUCCAUGUCCAACUCCUCGUCCCACCUCAUUGUCCGCUGGAAGCCACCCAGCCAGCCCAACGGCAACAUCACCUACUACUUGGUCUUGUGGCAGCAGCUGGCGGAGGACUCUGAGCUGUUUGUCAAUGACUAUUGCCACAAAGGCCUCCGCCUGCCCACCAGCAGCGCAGACACUCGCUUUGACACAGACGAUGGCGAAGGCCAGGAGGACGGAGAGGAGCAGCAGUGCUGCCCGUGUCAAAGCCCUGUGGGGCAAACCCCCCUGAGGGAUGAAACCGUCUCUUUCCAGAAGAAGUUUGAAAACUUCCUGCAUAAUUCCAUCAUCAUCCCCAGACCCCCCUGGAAAGUCACUUCCAUCAACAAGAUCUCUUACAGGAUCCCAAAGAGGCGCAGGGACACCUUUGCCGUAACCCCUCUUCCUGGCCACGCCUUUGCCAACACAUCGUCCCCAGAGGUCCUGGGAAAUGGAGUGACCCCAAACCGCACAGAGUCCAGCAGCUCCAAAACUGAGAAGGAUUUCCGCAUCUUUGAGGAUAAAGUGGUCCGGGAUCGGACGGCCAUCUCUAACCUGCGGCAUUUUACUGAGUAUCGCAUCGACAUCCACGCCUGCAACCACGCUGCGCAGACUGUGGGCUGCAGCGCUGCCACCUUUGUCUUUGCCAGAACCAUGCCAGAACCUCUAGCAGACAACAUCCCUGGCAACGUGACCUGGGAGCCAGCAGGGAAAAACCGAGUCCUCCUCAAGUGGGAGGAGCCGAAGAACCCCAACGGGCUCAUCCUCAAGUACGAGAUCAAGUACAGCCGGGAGAGUGAGAAAGUCACCUCGGUUGUCUGCGUCUCUCGCCACCGCUACACUCGGAACGGGGGCUACCUCCUCGACCUCCUCCAGCCUGGAAAUUACUCUGCCAAGGUCCGGGCCACUUCACUGUCAGGGAACGGCUCGUGGACCGGACUGAUCAAGUUUUAUAUCCUGGGGCCGGUAGAGGAAGAGGAACCCGGGAACUUCUAUGUGCUCUUGACGCUGAUGCCCGUUGUCUUGAUGGUGGGGAUCACUUGUCUGGCCGUCUUUGUUUUCUUAUACAACAAGAAAAGAAGCACAGAGGGAUAUCCCAGUGGCACGCUGUACGCCUCAGUCAACCCUGAAUACUUCAGCACCUCAAACAUGUACGUCCCGGACGAGUGGGAGGUGCCGCGGGAGAAGAUAACGGUGCUGCGGGAGCUGGGCCAGGGCUCCUUUGGGAUGGUCUACGAAGGGCUUGCCAAGGACAUUGAGCAGGAGGGAGAGAAGACCAGGGUGGCCCUGAAGACGGUCAACGAGCUGGCCACCACGCGGGAGCGCAUCGAGUUCCUGAAUGAGGCCUCCGUCAUGAAAGCCUUCAGGUGCCACCACGUGGUCCGUCUUCUUGGCGUAGUCUCCCAGGGCCAGCCUGCCUUGGUCAUCAUGGAGCUGAUGACGAGGGGGGACCUGAAAAGCUACCUCCGUUCCCUCAGGCCGGAAGCUGAGAAUAACCCUGGCUUGCCUCCCCCGUCGCUGAGGGACAUGAUCCAGAUGGCUGGCGAGAUCGCGGAUGGCAUGGCCUACCUGAACGCCAAGAAGUUUGUCCACCGGGAUCUUGCUGCCCGCAACUGCAUGGUGUCAGAGGACUUCACUGUGAAGAUUGGGGAUUUCGGCAUGACCAGGGACAUCUAUGAGACGGACUAUUACCGCAAAGGGGGGAAAGGUCUGCUGCCUGUCCGCUGGAUGUCCCCGGAAGCCCUGAAGGACGGCCUCUUCAACACACACUCGGACAUCUGGUCCUUUGGGGUGGUGCUGUGGGAAAUUGCGACGCUGGCUGAGCAGCCCUACCAGGGCAUGUCCAACGAGCAGGUCCUGCACUUCGUGAUGGACAACGGCGUCCUGGAGAAGCCAGAGAACUGCCCCCAGAAGCUCCACGAGCUGAUGACCUGGUGCUGGCAGCAGAACCCCCGCCUGCGCCCCACCUUCGCCCAGAUCCUGGAGAGCAUCAAGGACGACAUGAGCACCGACUUCCGCACCCACUCCUUCUUCUACAGCCUGGAGAACAAAUGCUGCAGCUCCUGGGAGGCUUCGGACACAGAGACGGAGCAGCUACUUCUGAGUGGGGAGGAGGAGGAGGAAGCAGCACCUGAGCCGGCCCCCCCUCAGGGCGCCCCCAUCCUCAACGGCAGCCCACUCCUCGCUCUGGGCCUUGGCAGGGACCCCUUGCAGAGCCAGCCUACAAACUGCUGCCAACCCAAUGGGAAGGUGGGCCUCUGAAGAAGGGCACCACCCUGGGGCCCACCUCACAGGAGACACACCCCCCCUGCCCUCUUUGGGACCUGCUGAAAAGCCAGGAUGCUUCUGGGCUGCCUACCAUGGCGGCUGGAGCGGAGAAAGGACUCCUUCCAGGAGGAGGACCACCUGGUGACACUCCCUCAGGGUGACAGGAUGGAGUCUCUUUUUAGGAGAAGAUGACUUGGCUGGGCGCUCCUUUUCUUCCUGAGGGCCUUGGCUCGUUCUGGCCGCCUGCAGGUUGCCUUGCAGGCAUUUCUCCCUUCAGCCACUUUGGGCAGGGGGGUGCUGUGGGCAGCCUCCUCCCUGCCCCCCAUCACGUGGGCUGUGGCUUCGUGGGGAGCAUUUGCAAUCCUUCGGCUGGGGGCGAACUGGCUCUCCUCAGCGGCCCAGGAGCAAAGAUACACUUAUGUUCUGUGUGGCAGCCUUGCCCAGGGAUUUCACGCUCCUUUGUGGGACUGGUGCACAAGUGAACUCCUGGGCCAUGGGGCUAAAAGGUGCAGCCAGCGCCUGUGAAGGAGGCUGAAGGCCAAAUGGACUGGCUGAAGAGCUCCCUGGCUUUGGGAAGGUCGAAGGACGGGCAGACUUUCCCACAGCCCAUUCCUGCCUCUGGGUGUGUGUUGGGGAUGAGGGGCCACAAAUGUGUUCAUCCCCACAGCCACUCCAGAGGAGUUACCUUCUUUCCUUUAUACCUCACCUCUCUUCCAGAAUGGCACCCAGACUGGCAUACUUCUUUUUUUAAUAAAUAGAAGAGUAACUAACUGCCUUGAGAGAGGCUUCCUGGGAAGUCUCCCGUCCAGUGUGGCCUUACUUUGCCAAGUCCCAGAUUCUGGCCCGGCAGCCGGGGCCUCCUCCCCACUGCACUUUCCCAGCUGCUGCAAGGAUCUCUUCAGACCAAGUGGCCACUUCAGUCCUAACGCCUGCUCCUUGUCACAGAGGAGAUUCUGCAGUUUCACUGGCCUCCCCAGAUGUGGACUAGAAGCACUGGGAGGUCAGUAUUUUGCUCAGGGGUCCAGGUGAGGGCACUCCCGGAUGGGGGGGAUCCUCUCUCCAUGCAACCAUUUGUGCUGCUUUGGAUUCUGUGCUGGAAGAAAAGUCGGGUAUAAACAUAAGAGCCCCAUCUCUGGGGCUGGCUGUGGGUGGGCUGCUCCUCCUCUCCCCCAUUACUGCAAAGGUGCUUUUGUUGUUGCUGGAUGUGAUCGGCUGCUUCCACAAAGUGAAGUGCAAGCCCUUGAACUCUGAAUAAACCAGUUUGUUUUCCUGUA